AUGGCCACCCAGCAACCCUUCAUGGAACAACCGUCUCAAAGGCUUAAGGGUCGACACAGGCUUCUGGCCGGACUACAUCGCAUGACCUCAAGCCAGUCUGUCAAUCGAUCCACCACUACACGAGCACGCGGUUACAGUGGCAGCGGGAAAGGCUCAGUAUCAUGUAUGUCGUUGCACUCGACGCAGUCACUGAACACACCUUCGCUCGGUUCAACGCUCACGAACGAGCUCUCCGUCGGCUACUCAACAGCGCCUACCUCCGCCGUCACUACCCCUGGCGUUCAGAUUCCAUUGUUCGACGAACGUGCCAGGCUACGGUACCUUUCGAGCCUCGAUGCCAAGACCUCUGCUGGAAUGCCGUCGGAUCUGCGACAAGCAACAAAGCCUGAUGAGAUCGCCGAAGUCGACGAGGACUACUUCUCCCGGCCGGUCUCCCAACAGAUCGUUCGUCGUCGAGACUUCAACUUCUGGCGCGAUCUACCGUCAGAGCUUCGCAUGCAAGUCCUGACAUAUCUGCAACCUCGAGAGAUCAUCCGAUGCUCUACUGUCUCGAAGACAUGGCAUAAGAUGUGCUUUGAUGGUCAACUAUGGGCACUCGUGGAUACUGCAGAGUUCUAUCAGGAUAUUCCAGCGGAUGGCUUGGUCAAGAUCAUCACUUCGGCAGGCCCCUUCGUACGAGACCUCAACCUAAGGGGCUGUGUGCAACUCAGAGAGACAUGGCAUGCCAAGGGACUUUCGGACGCUUGCCGGAAUCUCGAGAACUUCUCCUUGGAAGGCUGUCGAAUCGAUCGAUCCUCCAUCCACAAUUUCUUGUAUGCCAACAACCGCUUGGUACACAUCAAUCUUUCUGGCCUGGCGGGAGCGACCAACUCUGCCAUGAAAAUCAUAGCCUCGAACUGUCCAAAGCUGGAGCAUUUGAACAUCUCCUGGUGUAACAAUAUUGAUACUCGUGGUGUCAGGAAAGUCGUCGAGGCUUGCCCUAACCUUAAAGAUCUACGGGCUGGUGAGGUACGAGGCUGGGACGAUCUAGAGCUCAUGCAGAUUCUGUUCGAACACAACAACCUUGAAAGGCUGAUUCUCAUGAACUGCGAUACACUCAACGACGAGUCUCUGGCUGUUCUGCUUGAGGGCAAUAACAGCGAGGUCGACUACAUAACCGGAAGACCAAUUGUCCCAUCACGAAGACUGAAGCACUUAGAUCUGACCCGUUGUCGAGGCCUCAGCGAUGUUGGCCUGCGGUGUCUGGUUAACAACGUCCCUGAUCUAGAAGGUCUACAGCUUUCCAAAAUCCGAGGCGUCUUCGACUCUACACUCACCGACCUUCUGCCUACCACGCCACUAUUGACACAUCUGGAUGUUGAGGAACUUGAGGAUCUCACAAAUGCAGUCCUACAGUGCCUGGCAAAUGUGCCUUGCGGUAGCCGUCUACGCCACCUCAGCAUUUCGUAUUGCGAGAACAUGGGUGAUACUGGCAUGAUCCCUUUACUGAAGACCGCCACGAAUCUUCGCUCCUUGGAAAUGGACAACACCCGCGUCUCCGACCUUGUCCUCACCGAAGCCGCAGCCAUGGUCCGCCAAAGAAGCCAACGAGCUAUCUUCCAAGGCAAAGUCGACUAUCAGCCGUCAGUGGGAUUGCGCCUCGUAGCCUACGACUGCCAAAACGUGACCUGGACCGGUAUCCGCGAAAUCCUGUCCCGUAAUGCUGAAGUCUUCGUCUCAACACACCACACCGAACUCCCACCUCUCAACAAAGCACCCAUGGACUCGACUGCAUCCCUAGCCACCGACCUACCGAGUCGUCCUCCAUCUCCACCUCGCAUCCAUAUCGCCCGCUCCUCAUCCUUCCCUUCGGAGAUCAUCCAGUUAAAAUGCUUCUAUACUUACCAACCUACCGUUGAGGAACACAACAAACGUGUUCUUCGAGGCGACUUCACUUCCGCGAGGAGAUUGGAGAGGAAAUGGGCGGACUUCAUGAUCGCGCAGGAGGAGGCUGGGGCUGCUGGGUCUGGUUCUAGAAGAAGGAGGAGGAGGGCGAGGGAGGCGCAGAUGAUGCAUGCGGAUGAAGAGGAUGUAGGCGCUGCUGGUGCGGCGGUGGGGACGGUGGGUGUGGGUGGUGGGAGGCGGAGGAGGGCUAGAAGUGGGGGGUGUGCUGUUAUGUGA